AUGAGAAAAAUACUUAAAUAUAUUAGAAAAUGUGAUCAUUUUGGGGCAUAAAUAAAGUUGAAUUUACAUCAUAAAGAAGCAUAUAAAUCUAUUUUGGGUGGAAUUUUAACAAUGAUAAUUGCUACAGUUAUUUUAAUGAUUUUUGUAAGAGGAACUAUUUCCAUGAUUAAACGUGAAAACUAUACUGUAUCUAAUGAUUUGAUAAAUUUAUUAGAUUUCAAGUUCAAAAUUACUGAAUUUAGAUCCUCCAAUGUCAAAGCUAAGUAUAAAUAAUUUUAUGCUUGGAUUUUCAAUUGAUCUAUAAUUGUAAUUUCAAAAGCCAAUAUUUAAAGCCUUUUACUCUUAAUAAUUGUAAAUACUUAAUGAUGAUGGAACAAGAAUUAAAAAUGGAACAUCCCUACAGUCUUUAGAGAAAUGUUCUCUUGAUCAUUUUAUUCAUUUGGAUUAAACUAAUAGUUAUAAUGUAUAAAUUUUAAUUAAAUACAAUUUUUAGUAAUUGAUAAAGGGUUAAGUAUAAGAAUAUUUUUGCUUGCCUAAAAAUUAUUCAUUAAUAUAACAAGGCACAUAUAAAUCAAAUGUAUUUUAAUUUGGUAAAAUUGUAUUGGUUUCAUGCAUUGAUGAGCCAGAUUGUGCAACAAGUAAAGAAGUAACUGAAUAAGGAUUACAAGAUAGCAUAGUGAAAAUUAGUACCUUAAUUCUCAAUACAUUGGUAAAUCUCAAUUAAGAACAAAGUAUAUAAAAAUAUAUAUAUACUGAUUUUUAUUUGGAAACAUCUUUUACCAAAACGACAAGUACUGAUAUCUAUCUUGAAAAACUGAAUGUAAAUAUAGAUGAAUCUCCAAUCUCAGUAUUAAACUCUAUAUAUCAAGACGAAUUGUUUUCAAUUUAAGAUACAAAACUAUCUUAAAUAUCUUCUAAUAUAUAAUCUAAUAAUAUAAUUUCUCAAUUUAUUAUUAGAUUGGCUUAAUCUGAAGAUAUUUAUAAAAAAUAAUAUUAUAAGUUUGAUGAAUUAAUAUCAUAUGUAGGAGGAAUAACUAAAUUUAUUGUCUUAGUAUUUGGUUAUUUUAUUACAAAAUACAAUAAAACAGGAUUAUAAAUUAUGCUUGCUAAUGAUUUAUAUUAAUUUGAUAUUCCAGAAACAAAAAAAGGAGAACUUACUUUUUCAUUUUAAACUCUUGUAACUUAAAUACUUGAUAAUAUAAAAUAAAUAGAAGAUAUUGCAAGUAAGUUUAAAAUAGGUGCUAUUAAGAUUCUAACUUUAGGUAGAUUUACAAAAGCAAUUUCUAAAACAACUGGAAGUUAAUAAUUGAUAUCAGCAGGUUCUGAAUGCCUCAUUACUAAUUAAAGUGUUUCUAAAAGAAAUGCUUUACUUACAGAUGAUGCCAUUAUAAAAACUGAAUAAAUUGAGUCAGUAAAACAAUCAAAUGUCACUUAAUAUGUUAAUUCUUCAAAUUUAGACUUCUAUAAAAAUAACUUUUUAGAAUAGAUUAUUAAUAUUAUAUUAACUGGUGAUAAGAAAUUAAAAUACAGUCUUGUAAUAAUAAUAAAAUAUCUGACGUGUUGGAGAUUCAGUAAUAUAGGUUAACAUAACAAAAAAAUAUUGAAAUAAUCAAAAAGCAUGAUUUAGAAGGAUAUGGAUAUUUUAGUUAUCAUUUAAAAGUUAUAAGAAAUGGAAAAAUUAAAACAUUUACUACUUAAUAAAGAAUAACUAAAAGUCUUUAAUUGUUUACCAAAACCAAUAGUUGGAUCUUCAAGGUUUACUGGGAAUGAAUCUUUUUAAGGUAUGACAGGUUAAUUUGAUAAAUAAAGUUUAACUUUAACUUUCAAAAAAAAGAAAUUAUUUGAAACACGUCAUUAAUAUAAUACUUCAAAAAAACUAAGAAAACUCUAUUCUGCUUAUGAAUCCAUUAAAUUAAGUAAUAAUGUUAAAAGUGAUUUCGAAAAAUUAAUGAAUCAAAAAUUGAUUGAUGUCCUUGAACCUCCAACUUUACUACAUAGUUUUAGCUCUUUGGCAGAAUUACAAAGAUUAGCUAAUUUAUAAACUGAUAAAUAGUCAAAAAUACCUAAGAUUUAAAAGAAAACAUCAAUCACUAUUGAUGAGUCUAGUACAAAACAUUUUAAAAAAAUAAAAAAAGACAUAAAUUCUUAUUACUUUAAACCUUAAAAUUAUUAAGUAAAAUCUAAAUAAGAUUAUAUUGAUGAUAUCAUAUAUGAAUAACAAUGA